CACACAUAUAAAUGCAACCGAGAUUGAUCGGUGACAACCGCGCCCUCAAUGCACUAAUAAAUACUAUUUGCGCAUGCGUCAACUCUGUGUGAAAGGAAGUCGACCGCUUCUCAAUGUUUUCUACGUAUAACAGUAUUUUCAAUCACGAUAUAUAGAAAUUAUGGAUAAAAUUCAGUGUACAUUUCAAAAUGCUAAAUCAAAAGAAGAGCAGGGAAAUAAUUUGAUUGAAAAAGAAGAGAUAAUUGAUAAAUGCACAGAACUCGAUCAUGAUGAAUUAGUUAAGCUAACAAAAGGAGCAAUUCGUAAUAUAAUUGAAAGUGAUCCGUUACUUUUUGGUCUACCGGUGGAUGUUACUAUCGAGGAACUCAAAGCUCAAAUUGCAGUUGCUCAAGGACAAGCGAUAACUUUGUAUUUGAAUCGUGGAGAAUUACCAAAACUUGGAAUUGUGGUACCCCCUCACCACACUACAGUCCUAGAUCUCAAGAAAGCUAUAAAACGACAUACAAAUUUAUCUCUGAAGAGAGAGAAAGUUAAAAAAAAGAUAAGUUGGAAACAUAUUUGGAAAAAGUAUCAUCUAUGUUUUGAGAAUGUUAGAUUAAUAAAUGACAAUGAAAAUAUAAAAGCUUAUGGAAUCACAAACAAAGCAGAAUUACAUUAUGUAAAAAGACGCAGGGAAAGAAAUAAAUUGAUAAAACACUCUUAGUUCUUUCGUAAAA